CCUGCAGGUGCAGGUGAGGUCAGACCCCUGACCCAGACGCACGCCGCUACAGAGGAGAGACGAAACAUCGACGUCUCUGCCGCGCCUCUCCGCACCGCGCGGGCAGCCACAUCAUGCCUGCGUGCACGCACACGGCAGCGCGAUCCUUAUAAAACACCGUGCAGAUCUGGGGCACCGCCGGAUCCGACGGCCGACGCGGGGCGAGGCGUCGAAGCAAGGCCGCCGGCCAACCGACGCAAACGGGAAGCGAGCAACGGAACGCCACCCCGGCCGCCCGAUCAAACUCGCACCCCCCCCCCCCUUCCCGGGAAAGAAGAGACCGGCCGGGAGCCUCGCCGCCGAGAUGGGCGCGGACGGAGGGCUAGGCCACGAGGCGGCGGGGAAGCCCGAGGAGGGGGAGGGAGGGGGCGAAGGCGGGGCGAGGGUGUUCCGGUGCAAGGACUACUCGCUGCCAAGGACUUCGCUGGCGCUGGCGCUCUGGCUCGGCGGCAUCCAUUUUAACGUCGUCCUCGUCCUCGCCUCGCUCUUCCUUCUCUCCCGCCGCGCCGCCGCCAUAGUGGUGGCGUUCCAGCUCUUCUUCAUGUUCUUCCCCGUCAAUGACAGGGACAAAUGGGGCCGCAACAUCGCCAGAUUCAUAUGCAGGCACGCAAUAGGGUACUUCCCGAUCAGUCUGCAUGUGGAGGACUACAAGGCUUUCGAUCCCAGCAGGGCUUACGUGUUUGGUUAUGAGCCCCACUCCGUCCUGCCCAUAGGACUUUCAGCUCUUGCUGACCUUAUCGGGUUUAUGCCCCUGACUAAAAUCAAGGUCCUUGCGAGCAGCGCGGUGUUCUACACCCCGUUCUUGAGGCAGAUUUGGACAUGGCUUGGAUUAAUACCUGCGACAAAGAAGAAUUUCUACUCCUACCUUGAAGCUGGUUAUAGUUGUAUUGUUGUGCCUGGUGGUGUACGGGAAAUGCUUCAUAUGAAUCGUGAAUCAGAGGUUGCUUUCCUUAAAUCAAGAAAAGGGUUUGUCAAGAUAGCAAUGCAGUCUGGCUGCCCCUUAGUCCCUGUUUUCUGCUUUGGACAGAGCUACGCAUACAAGUGGUGGAGGCCUGGUGGCAAAUUAUUUGUUAAUAUUGCUAGAGCAAUUAAAUUUACUCCUAUUAUCUUCUGGGGAAGAUACGGGACACCUUUCCCCUUUCCAAGACCGAUGCAUGUGGUUGUGGGUAGACCUAUCCAGGUCGAUAAAAAUCCCCAGCCUACCAUUGAUGAGAUAAAUGAAGUCCAUGAGAACUUCAUCAUCGCCUUGCGAGAGCUGUUUGAGAAGUACAAGGCGAAAGCUGGAUAUCCUGGCCUCCAUCUUCGAGUCCUAUGACAUUGCACCAGCACCAGGGUCAAGUUAGGAUUCAGUAAUAUCAUGGCUCGACGCUACAUUCCCAUUAGUCCCAAACGGCGCUUUGCAUGCGUUCAGGUUGCAAUGUGUUCAGUUAUAUGUGCGGCCAUCUUCAGAAGCUUCAGGUUGUAGCUCGGCAUUGUGGUGAUGAUCAUAAGGCACCUAGCUCCGACGCAAAAAUGUGCACCGGUUGCUCACAAGUCAUAAAGCCUAAGAAGGCAACCAUUACUGAAAAUUGUAGUUCUCUGCUUUGAACUUUGAUGGCUGAAAUGCAUUUGUAAGAGUCGAUCCCAAAGCUGAUUAUCUAAGAGUCCAUGUGAUGGACUAUAUUUUCUGAUUGCUUUCA